CACCCUUUUGUCUUUGCAGCAUAUCAUCAAGAAAGCUUUAGUUGCAAUGUCUCUCUCCCCAACAAUGCUGCCAUGCAAGAAGAGGAAAGCCAUCCGGAUGGAUCCCUUUUCCGAAGCCCAGCCUGUUCCGAUGGAGGCUUCUCCUUCAGCUUGCCCCCUUUUGCCCAAGCCAGAGACGGAAUGGGAGGAGGGAGAAGUUUCUCCAAAUGUGAAAUUCCCCGGGGCUACACAGAGUGUCGAUUCGCUCCAAGAAGUUAAGGAGGAAGCUGAGGAGAUGGGCCUUUUUAUUCCAGUGGAAGAACGAGAAGGAGGGAAGAAAAACCGCCGGAAGACACUUAAAAGGAAAUGGGAAGGGAAGUGCCCGGAGGAAGAUGGAGGAGGAGGAGGAGGAGGAAGAACUUUAGCUUGUGACCUCAAAUUGGACGACACCUUGGACCGGACUUUGGAAGACGGGGCGAAGCAGCACAAUUUGACGGCCGUCAACGUGCGGAACAUCCUUCACGAAGUCAUCACCAACGAGCACGUGGUGGCCAUGAUGAAAGCUGCGAUCACUGAAACGGAGGACGCCCCUGUCUUUGAGCCAAAAAUGACACGUUCCAAGUUGAAAGAAGUGGUGGAGAAAGGUGUGGUGAUUCCGACAUGGAAUAUUUCCCCCAUCAAGAAAGCGAAUGAAGUGAAGCCCCCUCAGUUUGUGGACAUCCCCCUCGAAGACGACGAUUCCUCCGACGAGGAGUACCAGCCAGAAGAGGAUGAAGGGGACGAAACGGCGGAGGAGAGUUUGUUGGAGAGCGAUGUGGAAAGCACCGCCUCGUCGCCGCGGGGGGCCAAGCGGUCUCGUUCGAGGCAGUCUGAUAUGGUGGAGACCGACGAGGAGGGAGUGGCACCGCUGGAGGCAGAGAAGGGUUCCACGCCUCCCGUCCAGCGGCACGUCAGUGCGGAAGUUAUUCCGAUGGGCCCGCCCCCGCCCCCCAAGCCGAAGCAAAACAAGGAUAGCACUUUCAUGGAGAAGCUGCAUGCCGUCGAUGAGGAGCUGGCCUCUAGUCCCGUCUGCAUGGAGGCCUACCAGCCUUUGGAAGACAGCUUAAUUGCCUUCCGCACGCGAUCAAAGAGACCCCUGAAGGACGUGCCUCUUGGCCAGUUGGAGGCCGAGCUUCGUGCUCCAGACAUCACUCCGGACAUGUAUGACCCCAAUACAGCGGACGAUGAAGAGUGGAAGAGAUGGCUGAGUGGCCUAAUGAAUGACAACAUGGAAAAUGAAGACGAGGCUGAUGACGAGGACGACCCCGAGUACAACUUUUUGGAAGAUCUGGAUGAGCCAGACACGGAGGACUUCAGGAAUGACCGUGCCGUGAGAAUCACAAAGAAAGAAGUCAACGAGCUGAUGGAGGAACUGUUUGAAACGUUUCAGGAUGAAAUCGGCUUCUCUAACGUGGAGGAUGAUGGGCCGGAGGACGAAGACGGGGCUGCUGAGGCCCGGCCAAAUUUUAAUACUCCACAGGUGCUCAGGUUCGAAGAACCCCUCGCCAACUUGCUGAACGAGCAGCACCGGACAGUGAAGGAGCAGCUGGAACAGCUGCGGGUGAAGAAGUCGGCCACGAAGCUGCCCCAGGAGAUGGAGAGGUCCAAGCUGCGGAGUGAGAAGGUAGCGCAGGCCCUGGUCCUGGACGCCGAGCAGAGGAAGAAGUUGCACCAGCAGAUGCAACAGCACGUGCAACUUCUGACGCAGAUUCACCUCCUCUCCAGUUGCAACCCGAGCCUGAGCUCCGAAGGCAGCACGACCCGCCUCUUCUUGAACGAGUUGGACAAUUUUGCCCAGAGCUCAGUCCUUCUCAGCCAGACUUCCAGCCCCCGAUUCCAGACGGCUUUCCAGCCCUGCAACUUGAAGGAAUCUCUACAGCUUAUCAAGGACUUCCACACUCACGUCAAGAUUGAGUGGAGUCCCCGUAAAGCCGUCAAGAAGAACAUGAACGAUUUUGCCUGCUUGCCGAAGCAAGUCGCGUGGAUCCUGGCCACAAGGCGAGUCUUCAUGUAUCCAGAGUUGAUGCCCACCUGCUCCUUAAAGGCGAAAACACCCCGGGACAAGAUCGUUUUCACCAAGGGAGAAGACAACUUGUUAGCACUGGGUCUGAAGCACUUCGAAGGCACCGAUUUCCCCAAACCCCUGAUCAGCAAGUACCUGCUGACAACCAAGACGGCCCACCAGCUGACGGGACGGAUCAAGAACCGUAACAUGAACCGAGUCCCCGACAACAUCAUCAGAUACUAUAAGACGACAAAGCAGCUGCCGGUAUUGCCCCGGCUUUGCGAAGAGGUUCAACCUGGUGAUUGGAAACCACCCGUAGAACAGGAAGAACAUCGCCUGCCAUUCUGGUUGAAGGCUAGCUUGCCCUCCAUCCAAGAGGCCUUAGAGCAGCAGCGUGUCAAAGAGGUUUCCCAGGGCCCUGAUGCAGAUCCCAAGCUCAGAGAGGGAGGAAGAGAGACUGCCGGUCCAGCCAGCCCUGAGUAUCCUCUGCGUGUGCCAGAGGGCUUACAGCUCAUCCUGAGGCCCCUAUCCAGCCGGUUCUGCCGCAAAAUCUGGAGAUGGCAGCGGCCGGCCCCCACCAAACCCUUCCUCGUCCAGCCGGGCCUUUGCUUGCCCCCUGCUGGGACGGGCAGCUUUCUCAAGAUGGCCACCAAGCAGCCCCAGCCGGAAGCAGCUCCCGGCAAAUUGGCGGGUCACGUCUCCCCCUUGUCCCAACCCGCCUCACUGGUCCAGCCCUUGUCAGGUGUGCCACGCUUGAACCUGCCACCUGCUCUGGGGAGCGGCGCCCCCUUCGAGCUGCAAGGCGUCCUCUCUGCUCAGCGGUCGGGGCCCAAGCCCUGCUUGGUGCCAGCGGUGCCCCAGAACUUGGUCUCCUCCCUGCCUGUCGCUUUUCAGCCCAAAAUGAUACUCCCGGCUCUGCCUGCUUCGCGGGUCCGUAAGCCUGCUCUCCCAAGGGGGUAUCAGAAGAAGAAGACCCCCAGAGUUGCUCCUUUGCUCAAGGCCGCCCCUGUGCUUCAUCCAACGCCAGUCAUCUUCACCGUUCCUGCUGGGACCGUCAAAGUGCUGGGCAUCACCAACGGGUGCAACAUGUUACAGCCCCUCUCGGCAACCAGCGCUGUUCAAGCCACCCAGUCCAUUCCCAUCACCACCCUGCUGGUCAACCCCACGCCGUUCUCGUGCCCGCUGAACCAGCCCCUUGCGGCCUCCCCAGCCCUGCCCCUGGUGGUCGCCUCAAAUUCAGGCAGUUCCCCAGCUCCUGUAGCGGGCAAAGACUCAGAGCUGUCAAGUCAACCCAUCAGCCGCUUGGCAUCCGGUGGGGAUGUCCUAGAGCCGGUCAAGGCCAAGCCCAAAACGGAACCAGAAGAGCCACCAGGCCCGUGGUCCUCCGAUCUUAAUGGUGGAGUCCAAGCAGAAGCUCGCGUCCAGGGUUAUGCGGAGGGAGGUGAAGGCAGAACCCCUGAGCUUUUAGCCCCAGCUCCCUUCUCCCCCUUGGCAGAGUUAGGGGAGCUGGUCAAGGUUGACUUGGAAGGCUCGAGGGAGGCUCCUCCUGAAGCAGCCCCCCUUCCAAAAAAGCCUGGUCCAGAAGACUCCCCAAUCAAAGAGGAAUUGAUUUUGGACCUUGGGCAGGGCCUGGAGGUCAAGCCCGCCUCAGAGUGCAGAAAGGAGCCAAAAGAAACGCAGAGCCAACCUGGCUGCGAGGAGGAAGAGGAGGAGGAGGAGGAGACCGCGAAUUCAGGGGCACCCGCCACAGGCCUCCAAGCAGCGGCUUCCGCCGAAGAAGGAAGCAGCACAUCUCCCACGAACGUCGGCAGUUCCGUUGCGGCUGCGUCUGACUCCAGCAGCUCCUCGGGGAAGACGGAGGAAGUGGCUGGCCCGGGGACCGGCACUGAAGGGGUGGUGUCAGCCAGCCAGGAGGCUGGAGGGGAGAAAGAUGGGCUGGAAGAGGAGGAGGAGGAGGACUUUGAUGACUACAUCCAGGACGAGGAAGACGAAAUGUCGUCGGCUUCCGAGGAAUCGGUGCUCUCCGUGCCAGAACUUCAGGAGACAAUGGAAAAGCUGACGUGGCUGGCGUCUGAGCGGCGUCUGAGCCAGGAGGGAGAUUCAGAGGAGGAAAACUCGCAGGAAGAGAACUCGGAGCCGGAGGAGGAAGAGGAGGAGGAGGAGGAAGGGGAAGGAGAGCACUUGGAGAACCAACAGAAGGAGGAUGAAAUGGCUGAUGAGACUGCUGAUCCAGGAGACAGGCCGGCCUCCUCUCUCGCCUUGACCUGCGCUGCGCCCACAGUGGAGGCCAGUAACAGCCCCCCAGGGGAGAACCCCAAAGCCGCCAGCAAGAGCCGAGCCUCCCACCGAGCCCGGGCCAAGCGGGGCCGGACUCGCGCCAGCAAAGAUGCCUCCAAGCUGCUACUGCUCUAUGAUGACGACAUUCUGGAGAGAGACCCGCUGCGCGAGCAGAAGGACUUCGCUUUUGCUCAAGCUUACUUGAACAGGGUACGUGAGGCCCUGCGCCUUGUUCCUGGCAAAUACGAGGAGUUCCUCCGCAACAUUUACGAGUUUGAGAGUAACCUCCAGAAGCAGACGGCCGUCGACCUCUACGCCCGGCUGCAAAGCCUCCUCCAGGACUGGCCUCAGCUCUUGACGGAUUUCGCAGCCUUCCUUUUGCCAGAGCAAGCUCUGGAGUGUGGGCUGUUUGAGGAGCAGCAGGCGUUUGAGAAGAGCCGGACGUUCCUUCGACGGCUGGAGAUCUGCUUUGCUGAAAACCCUUCCCACCACCAGAAGAUCAUCAAGGUGUUGCAGAACUGUGCGGACUGUGUACCCCAGGAGAUCAUGGAACUGAAGAACCAGAUGUGGCAGCUGUUGAAAGGGCACGAUCACCUGCAGGAUGAGUUCUCCGUCUUCUUUGAUCACUUGCGCCCCUCGGCCAGCCGCCUGGGAGAUUUUGAGGAAAUCAACUGGACGGAGGAGAAAGAAUACGAGUUUGAUGGGUUUGAAGAAGUCUCGUUGCCAGACAUGGAAGAAGAUGAGGAUCCCCCCAAAAUCCACGCUGCCUCGAAGAACAAGAGGCGGAAGGAGCUGGGAAGCCAGAAUACAGACAAGGAGGCCGAGUGGCCAGAAGGGAACAAGGAGUGGUGCAGCUCCUGUCAUGAAAACAGCGGUGACCUCCGGCUGAAGAGAAGCAAGCGAAGGAGCUGUGCCCACUGUUGCAGCAAGGUGGGAGACACCAAACUCUCCAGAAACAAAGACCUCUGCGAGUUUGCAGACAGCCGUGCUCAGCGAGAGCCAAGUCCUCGGCUUGAAGGCAAGGAGCCGCCCGAGGGAAACUUGGAGCGGAGAGAAGAGGGGGACGUUAUCCCCAGCAGGUUGAGAGCCACAGGCCGGAAAGGGGACUCUGCUGGAGGAGGUUCUCGUCUGGAAGGAAAGCUGCUUUCAUCCAAAGAUCCCCCUUUGGACGUGGGCCUAUCGUCAGCCGGCAAACCAGCUGAACCGUGUCCUCUCCCUGCCCCUCCCUGCCCUCAAAACGGGGUGGAUUCUGCCAAGAGCUCCCCUGCUCCUCCCGUGGACACGCCGCUGCCCCCAAGGGGGGCUGUUCUACCCAAACCACAUCGCCUGAAAAGCAGCUGCUACACCAGUGACAGUGAAAGGGAGGUGGGACUCAGUCCGAGGACUGGGGAGCAUUCUUCGGGCCCUAACCGUGACAGCUUGGAGACCGAAGCUCUUUCAAGGACGGCCGGGCCAGAUCCUAGCUCUCCGCCACAGUUAGGGGGGACCCUUGCUCCUGCCCGACCGAGUCUCAAGGAGUCACACGGCCUGCCCCCCCUGGUGACGGCAAAGUCCAAAGGAAGGGAGAUGUCGUCAGCGCCCACCAGAGACCUUGCCCUGAAAACUUUGGGGGCGAGCGAGGCCCUGCAGACUGACGCAGAGAUCUCUGGAACCGGCAGCAUGCACACCCUGGCCACUAAUCAAACAGGAAAAGCGGUCUCAGGAGCGAGUGACCAUUCACAAAAGGAGGAUCAGUCGGUGCCCGUAGCGGUCAGCGGGGAUCGCAGUGGCCCGGUCCUAGGAGAAGACCUGCAGCCGAGAACAGUCGAACCCACUGUGUGUGCCAAGAACAUCAAGGUCAGCUCCACAGGGGAGAAGGUGGUCUUGUGGACCAGGGAGGCCGACCGCGUUAUUCUGACCACCUGCCAGGAGCGAGGGGCUCAUCCACAGACAUUCAGCGCCAUCUCUGAACAGCUGCGCAACAAGACCCCAGAUGAGGUGGCCCAUCGCUUCUGGGAACUGAUGACCUUGUUCCACACGGCCUGCGACGUCAGUUCGGAGGACGAGGAGGACGGGAUGAGCACCAGCAACACGGACCAGCUUUCUGACAAAGACCCCGCCAUCUCGGAGGACGAGCGGGAAGAUCAAGGCUUUUAGUCCGAGACAAGAACUCCUCUGCAGCCGAGAGAAACUUCCAGGGCCGGCGGGUGUUGGACCACCUCUGCUCCCGAACAUCUCACCUGAGACUGCAGAACGCUGAAGCGUUGUUGAAAGGUUUUUCUCCUCCCCCUGAAAAGGUGGGUUGGAGCUGCUCUGUGGGAGAAAUAGCCCCCUGCCUCUUGGGUCAGAGUCGAUGUAAAUAUUUUUAAAAAGUAGGGGAAUGUGUAAAUUCCAGUUUGGGGUGAAUAUUUAUUGCGUGAUUGUAUUUUAAGGAAUAAAAGCAUCCUGUUGUGAAAGCCAAAGGCUUGAGGCUGGCGUUUU